AUGGAACGUUUCCUGGAAAAGCCUAAUGCCGAAGAAUUACGCGUUAUUGCCACGGACUGCAUUACUAUCGAUGCAGAUUUGAAGAACACGCAUUGGCACGGGAAGAAUAUAGUGAUGCUAACGGAUGCGAUAAUAGUUACCAAACCUGUUACGUUUGACGUUUCGGGAAAGAAAAAUGAUCAUGUCUACCCCGAAGAUGCCGGCACCGAUAAAGGUGGUGACGGUAUGCAAGGCAAGGACGGUUAUCCUGGUGAAAGUGGCGGAAAUGUUCUGAUACUGGCAAACAGUAUUGAAAAUGCUAGAAACUUGACAAUUGUAUCGAACGGUGGAGAUGGAAGCAACGGUCAAAAUGGUGGCCCUGGAAGAGACGGAGAAAAUGGCACCGGAAUUGGUUUGAACUUGCAGAAACUGAAAUACGGCCGUUGCAGUGAAUGGAUGACAUUAAUGAAUGUAAAGUAUAAUUCAUCAAAUGAUAAGCGCAACAUUUCACAAUUGGUUGAGAUGAUCAUGUGUAAUGCUAAUAGUUUUGAGCUUGUUAAAAAGAACAUUGAAAGAUCGAUCAUUGAAAUAAAUGAGAGGAACUACGAGAUUAAGAAGAAUAUACCCGUCAAAUUCAAAGGAAUUGUGAACUUCCAAUCAAACACUAAAAUGGUACACAAGUUUACCGAGAACGACAUUCGAAUGUGGGCCAAAUACUUUAGCGCAAGGGAGUAUAAAACCGAGGUGGGAGAUCUUCAGGAAAUGCUUGCCGUGAUCGAUCGAGCAGUAGUGCUCAAAAGAGGUUUCAAUCUUCGCGAUACUCAAAAACUAGCUGUGCUGACUUUAUUGGCAAAUGGCCGCAGUAUCUUGGCCCAAGUUUCCACAGGAGAAGGCAAAUCAUUGAUCGUAGUGGCAGCUGCCAUAAUGAAAGCAUUGUUCGGGGAGAAAGUCGAUAUAGUAACUAGCUCUUCAGUUCUGGCUAAGCGUGAUGCAGAAAAUAACAAUGAUAUCUACAGCUUGUUCGGUAUCACCGUUUCACAUAAUUGUAGUGAAGAUACAGAGAAACGUAGAGAAGCUUAUGUGCUAUGCCAAGUAGUGUAUGGCGAUCUGGGAAGUUUCCAACGAGAUUAUCUGUUGGAUCGAUUCUAUGGGAAGAAUAUACUCGGAGAUCGUGACUUCACGAACGUCAUUGUGGACGAGGUCGACAGUAUGCUUGUCGACAAAGGCAAUAAUAUGCUGUACCUAUCGCAUGAUAUACCUUGGAUGGACAAGCUGGAAUCGGUGUAUCUCUUCAUUUGGCAACGGAUCAAUCGACCCGAACAAAUUGUCUAUUCAUUUGAUCUGGAAGUAAAAUGUAUCGAAGCGGCAGUCUUGAGCGAUUUGUAUGGCAUGAUUAGGGAACAGGAUAUUGCGAAAAUUGAUGUGACACUUAGUGAUCGCGAUUGUAAAGUGAUAUGGUUAGAAUUGGUAAAUUCCAAGAUGCUUGACGAACGAGGCAGGUUGUUGAUAGAAUCCUUAGACGGAUUGAAGAUAAGUGAGUCAUUGACGCCCGAAUUCUCGAGAUACACCGAUCGUAUAAGCUUUCUUCUCCAAGCAACCAUUGACAGGGAAAGAGUCGUACUGGUCCCGAAUCAUCUUCGAUCGUUUGUUGAAAGACAUCUGAAGCAGUGGAUAAAAAGUGGUAUAACUGCAUUCUUUAUGAAUCCGGGACAUGACUAUGUGGUGGACGUGGACAGAACAGGUACGAGCUCGGAUCGUAAUGCCAAUAUCAUCAUUUUAGACAAAGAUACGGGAACGGAUCAAGCGAACUCGCAAUGGGAUGAAGCGUUGCAUCAAUUUUUGCAAUUGAAGCAUGGCUGUAAGCUGUCCAUGCUCAGCCUGAAGGCCGUGUUUAUUUCAAACGUUUCCUAUUUCAAACUCUAUCGCCAGCUGUACGGCUUAACGGGCACAUUAGGAUCCGAGACAGAGUUGGACUUACUACGGGAAAUACACAACGUUGAUUUCGUGACGAUUCCUACCUCUUAUGUGAAACAAUUCCAGGAAGUAGCACCAUUUAUCUGCUGCGAUAGAGAGGAAUGGAUUAAAAGCGUAUGUAAUCAGGCACAAUUAGUUACUGGAGUAGAAAAACGAUCGGUUUUGAUUAUUUGUGCAACAGUCAAAGAUGUUCUGAUCCUACAUAAAGCGCUAGGCGGAAAGGAAGCCACGCACGUCCAUUGCUAUGUGCGCGAUUACGAAGAGUUUGCGAUAGCCAAAGGUGACAAAAAACUAGACCAGGGGCAAAUAAUUGUGGCAACGAACUUGGCCGGUCGUGGUACCGAUAUACAAAUUACAGAUGCGUUGAGGAACGCCGGAGGACUACACGUAUUAUUAACAUACCUUCCGGGCAACAAGCGGAUUGAGGAACAAGCGUUUGGAAGAGCAGCUCGUAGUGGUGAUAAAGGUUCCGGCCAAAUUAUCGUUGAGUAUUCGAAAGAUGCAAAGUCUACAAUCUUUGACAUGAAAACGGAACGCGACACAGGCGAGGUGUUACGCGUUUCAGAAAUUAAAAGGUACUACCAUAACCGAAUCAUUGCUGAAGAACGUUACUUUCAAGUGUUUAAGAAUCAGUAUGAACAACUGAAGAAGAAACUAAACUAUAAUCAGAUCCCUGACGAGCUGGAAGAAAUUUUAAUGAAAAGCUGUUUGGAUAGAUGGGCGUUUUGGUUGGAUAAUCAUAGCGAGACUUUAACCGCUGGGGAAGAUGGAUAUAAAGAUGAAAGCUUCGAUCGGCUUAUCUCCCAUUUCAAACAGCUCUAUAGAGGACUUUUAACACAAGCAAAAACCAUCCAACCCGUAACUUGGAUUCCAUGGGUUGAGGGAAUUCCAGCACAAAUGGUGAAGCUGGCAAAAUACCUUUCGCAGCAAAAGUCGGGGACUUACAAAGAUCUGUCUGGGACCUGUAUAAGACUGUAUGAAAACGUCAUUAGGAGUGAGCCUUUCUUUUCUGAAGCAGCGCACUACUAUAAGGCGUUUGCGAUAGCGAAACAAAUAGAUUGGGCACAAAAGCCUCUGGACAGUAUAAACAUAACAUUGAUUCGACAGUUCCAGCGCGAAUUACGGGCGGCAGGAACACUGUUUGAAACACAUAGCCAAUUAGCUACAACUGCUGCCGCUAGUAUUACCAACUUAAUACUGCACGUUGGGGAACGUUGUUUACGAGUCAACGGCUACGGGGAACAGAAAAAGCACGUGGCUGAUCUUUACUCUAGGUUCGUCCGGUCCAUUGACGAUAUCCUAGGGCAUCACAUCACUCCGGAAUCAUUUGAAAAUCACGAAGUGGAGUUUCAUAUGGCAGAGUGUCUUUUUAAGGACCUACUAAAAGCUGGAAUUCUUCUUAAAGCUACAGUAGAGAAGAAAAAUAUAUCCCAAAAGAACCUUAGAACAGUAGGCCAGGCCUAUGGAAUAUCUGCAAAACGGCUGGAAAGAUUCUUAACGCAGUACACCACGCACAUCCAUGGAGAAAAGUUUGAAAAGGAUCUCGAACAGGCGAUAGAGUUGCCUGGCAGGGAGCAUUUUUGGAAGAUACUAACGACCCAGGGUGUUUUGCAUGGAACGAUAAGCUAUGUCAUUGUCGACCAAGCAAAAAUGGAUACAGUUGAUCCUUCGCUACUACAUUUCCUAAGGCAGAGAGUACAGGAGAAUGAGUUGAAAACGGAAACCAUAGAGUGCACCAGCAAGCAAAUAGUUCUUUACGGAGAGUCCGUAUCUUCGCUUAGCGAUAGGGAGUUCGUUUUCGUGAAGGAAAAGUUUAUCGAGACCGUCGGUAGAACAAAGUAUCAGUUUCUCCAAGAGCACAAGGUAGUGUCGUUUAACAAAAAGGCCUCCGUCGAUGCCACUAAGCUGCAGUCAGCUAGUUUACCUUGUUUUGAUUCCAUCACCGUGGAAGAUUUUGUGGAGAAAACAAUAAUUAGCAGGAUGGAAGCUGAAACCAUUUUGUCGGAGCUGGUUCAACACCAAAUUCUUCGUAAACACCGUCAUCAGGCAGGAUCGUAUGCGCUAGCGAUAAACUUUGAUGAAAUGCCGUACGAUCAGGUUCUGUCCUGUACCGCCUACGAGCCGACCGUUCGGAACCUUUUGUCGGUUUGUUUCAGUUAUCGGCUGGUUUUGCAAAAACUGAUCCGACAGGUAGCGGAAAAAGCAACUCCGAUCCGCCUGGAACUGCUAUCUCGACCGCACCGUAGUCUAGUAUUUUAUUUGCUUGAGCAAAAACUUGUUAACCCAAUCAAGGUGAUGAAAGGUGACAUUGAUCAUGAAUACAAAAAAUCUCUAAAGCAGAGUUACACUAACCAGGAACUUCAUAUGUUGCUCAAUGCGGGUGAAGUAGGUGCUUCGUUAAAUGUUAUCAAAACUUUCGAACGACUUUCGCUGUUGCAGUGGAUCGUGCCAAAACCCGACCAUCGCUACAGUAUUUCUGAUGCCUCGAAGCGACGCGCACUACGAAACAUUAUACUUGACGUUGGAGAAGGAGCAUCGAAAAGAUCGUACGACAGCUAUGAAACGGUUGAAAAACGGUUUGACAAUCGUUUGAAGUUAACGAAAGAUGACGUUGUCUUCAAACAUGUAGUGGAGAGGUUGAACAGUUUAAGGGGUUCUUUACAUACGCGCAAAGUCCCUGAGGUGGCGUUUACAUCUUUACUUGAUUGUAAUGAUAUCGAGCACCAUGUAAAUGUAGAGGAAGUGCGCCUAUUUUUCAUCAAUGGUAUGGAUCAACUGGUUCACCUAGAAGAGCAAAAAUGGACGAAAGAAAUGCUCGUCAAUACCGGAAUAGUGGUCGCGAUGGGAAUUGCUCAGUUUGCUAUAGGUGCUGCAGUGGAACUGUGCUUCGCUGGGAUUUUGGCUCACGGUGGGAUCGCACUGAUCAACGAAGGUAUAAACGAUCUCAUCUACGCCACUACGGCCUUCCACUCGGGAUACUUCAGCUGGCAGGACUAUGGAAAGUAUAAGCUUCAGAGUGUUUGUUUGAUGGUUGCCACUGCCGGAGUAUCGAGUUUGCUUUCCAGAGUCAACCAACUACCACGCUUCGGCUUCAAACUUAUUGGGCCCAGUUUAAACGCGCUAGCAGGGCCGAUCGUAAGCGCACAGCAGGUAGCUGGAACCGUUGGUGUUCCAACGGUCGCAAGACAAAUCGCAACACACGUCCUCAGGAAAACAACACUAAGUGUGACCGAAACGGUGGUGGACACUAUGGCAGAAAGGUACCUACAAUCCCAGUGUAAUUUGCUGGAAAGAGAUUGUUUGGCAAAAACGAUGGACAAGAUAAAUAAACACCCUGUUUUGAAUACACUCAAGCGAUCCUAUGAUGCGCUUGGCGAAGAAGAUGCAUGGACGCUCGUGUCGAGUGCAACCAACAGCACGUACGAAGCACAGAGGCGUGUGGUGGAAUAUCUUGCAAACACCAGACAUACGAUGACUGUUGCAAUUUCAGGCAAAACGGAAGCUCAACCCGUCGGUGCUUUAUCGAAAGCAGUUUCGCUGCGUGAACGUAGUAUCGAGCUAUCAAGAGUUUGUCGUUAUGCAGAUGAUCUAUUAUAUAGUUUGAACAUCUUAAUGAAAACCAAACUUGACCUAACGAAGCCAUUAGCCAGGCAACCACUAGAAGAAAAAGGAACAAAAGGCUAUGCAAUUUUUCAAAAGAAAGUAAUAACAUUGUGGGAGGAGUUAUUUAAGAAAAGCAUCGGUGAUGUCAUCUCGCAGGGCGAUGUGUAUGCGACACGGAAAGAAAGCACCAAUGUUGAGAGGUCGUAUAUAAGGUAUUCAAACAAGAACACGGAGUAUGAUGUACGGCUUAAGGAGCUUAAACAACAACACAAGGAAAAGCUUGAGCGUGAACGUCGCGAUGAGGAAUCACUAACCAGUUUAGUUAACCACACACAAAAGUAUCAUCAAGACUUACUCAGGCUGAUGUACAAAACUAGGAACCCAUCUCUUCUUGCAGCCAUCAUCCGGGAAAACGUUCCGAUGAAUUUCAUGUGUGCCAGUGCUUGCACCUUUUUGGCGUGUAACCUUGUGCUAAGGCGAGGUGUUAGCUUGUCAGCAAAAGUCGUCAUUGAAGGAGAAAAUGGGUUGCGGGUCACGUUUUCUGUCGCACCAACUGGGGUGACGGAUAGGGCUAUCAAUAUUCGAAUUCAGGAUAAUCUUUACGAAGUUUCCGGAAGCGGUGGGAACUCAUGCUUUUCCAGCUCCGGUCCCUGCUUGUUGAACGCUCUAGCUACAGCGAUUCCCGAGUUUCAUAUUGUAGGAGAUUUUACCACCGAUGAUUGA